AUGUUAACUCGAUUUAUCUCCGCUAUUGUUUACAAUCAACAAUCUUUAACAACGAAGUCGCUUCGUUUAUUAACUACAACUGCACCAAAGUUAAGUGAUAGUGAUCAUGUAAAUUCAAAGGCUUUAGAAAAAGCUUCUCACGAUCUGAAAACACGAAAAGAACAAAGAUGGUUAGAUACUGUAGCUUCAGAUAGUGAAGCAAUUGUAAAAGGAGAACGUCAACAUGCAGAGAAACAAGGUGAUCUCAAAAUGGAUAUGACUGAUCUUCAAUCUGAUACAAUUAAAGCAAUCCAAGAAAAAGAUAGAAAAGGUCAUCUACCAUAA